AUGGUGGGACGCAGACGUGGGAGACAAUCUUUCAGGCGGAAUAAUCCGGCACAUGCAGGUCAAUUUAUUCGACAGUUGCCAUUUGAUAUUGCUCUACUACAGCCCGAUCUGGCUAUCCCUGCUGAUGACCAAAAUCUGCUGCAAUGUUUGUUAAACCAACAUGCCCAACUAACGCCGUCUUCUGAUUCUCAGCAUGCUCUGACAAACUUAAACAAUGGAAUAUGUGAAAUUCUGGAUAAUAUUAUUAUGAACCCGUCAAUCUUUGAGUCAGCACAACUGGAGCAUAUUCAUCGUGUUGGCUCUUUUAAAAUGGGCACAUGGUUGAAUGGUUCAUGCAUAGCAGAUUUAGUCUGUGUACUUCGAACACUACCAACACGUGAAGCUGUACAAAACUUAGCCAAUUUUGUUCGUAGUCAACUGACAACUAAUAAAUCGUCGACUGAAUAUAUUAAUUGUAAAGUUGAAUUAGAAAGCUAUGGAUUCUCUGUCACCUCUGGGGACUAUGUUGUGCAAGUUUUAAUCACUACUACACCAAUGAAUUUAAAUAAAGUAGAUCCUAAUAUACAUAUUAAUUUAGCUGCUCAAAAAACUGCACUUGCUUCAAUUCGACAUUUACGUUGGACUGAGGAACGUGCUUCACAUCCUACUGUGAAAGUAUUAACGCGUAUCUUGAAAGAUUUUCGAAGACGUUUUCGCGGCUUUAGUUGUUUGAAUUCUUGGCUGAUUAUUCUACUGGCUCAGUAUGCUGUUAUGAAUAGUCCACAAUGUCAACCAUUGCCACUUAAUCAUGCCUUUAGACGUGUUUUGUAUCUAUUGUCUAGUGGUUUUCUUCUUCCUGGGAGUACAGGUUUAUUGGAUCCAUGUGAACCGGGAUAUAUACGUCUUCACUCGUUGAUGUCCCUUGCUCAACAGGAUGGAUUAUGUUGUACUGCACAGGUGCUGUUAAGAAUUUUAAUCCAUGGUGGGCAUCAAUUACUUUUCACGCAAAAUGAUUUAACGGAUGAUUCUAGAGAGAAAUUAUUGAAAGCAGCGUCAAAGUUAGUUGAUUCCGGUAAUUUUGAAUGGCCGGAACCAGUUAUUGAGCCGUGA